AUGGAGGACUAUGGCAAGCAGACUGGGCAAGGAGAAGAACUCGGAGAAUCUUGCUGGCACGCAGGCAAGAUAUGGCCAAUAUCUCCAGGAUCUCUGAAGGAUAAUGCAGACCAGCAUGCGAUCCGGCAAAAAAAAAAUCAUCCGAUGUUUUCGACUGCUACCGCUACACCUCGGCAAAUCGUCUCCGGUCGAGGCCUACACGGACUAUGGAUGUUUGGAGACACAGGGCAAGCAAUGGGCGUGCAUCUCCGGUCUACCAGCCAUGGGGGCCAUGGCUAUUGA